CAAAAUUACAAAAGCAAACAAUAGCUUCAAAUUUAAAAUUCUGCAAAUUGUUCUCUAAAUAAUUCAAAUCUUUUCCUAGAAUUUUCAGCCUUCCCAAAAUCAAUUUUCAAAAUGGCCUUUAUCGCCGCAAUUUCUUCUAUAGAUAAUCGCUUCAAUUUGAAUUCUAAAUUCUCGCAAUGAAUAAUUAAUUAGCAAGUGAAGCUAAGAACAGAGACUUCUCAUCCGCAAACUCAGCCUUAGAACAACCAGCAAGCACUCUUGUUCUCAUUAGAAUCAAUACGAUGACUACUGCUGUCUUGUCACAUAGUCUCUUCAUACUGACACUGGUCGGUCUCUGGCGACCCAUCGAUUGGCGCGGCUGGAAGUCUCUCCUUUACAAUUCUUAUACUUACUUCGUUGCAUUUGCUAAUUUUGUUUUUAUUCUAACUGAGUUUGUAGAUAUAGUAACAAACAGCAGUUCAGUCAACGAUUUAACAAACGGCUUGACCAAGAUAAUGGGCCAGCUUGGCGCGUUCGGAAAAGUCGUUGGGAUAAUGUUGAACCGGAAGAUGAUUUUACAAGGAAUUAAACUUUUGGAAUUAAAACCAUUCAAGCUUGAGGAUCAGGAUGAAAAAAAUGUUCUGAAGAAAUACAUCAGCAUCUCCAAUUAUAUAACAUUUUUUUAUUUAGCAGUAUUUACCAUUGGCGCCUCAGGAAUUUUAUUUAGUCAAAUGUCAGUGAUGGAUUUCCCAAAUGUCUUACCUUACAGGGCAUGGUUUCCCUACAAUUAUUCAAAACCAAUUUUAUUCCAGACAACUGCAGCUUUUCAGUUAAUUACUUUUUUUAACGGCGCGUACGUUCACGUUGCUUUUGAUACUCUAUUUCUUCGUAUGAUGCUGUGCGUCGUCUUUCAAAUAAGUGUGCUAGAACAUCGCCUUGAAAUAAUAAUCUCUAGCAUGAAGAAAUUAGUAAAAAACAAUAACAUGAAUUUAAGCACAGAUGAAGUUUAUAUAUGCGAUAUGCUUAUUGAAGAAUGGGUUAAUCAUCAUAACGCCAUUUUAAAAUUUUCUCAAAAUAUGUAUGAAAAUUUUUCCGGAUCAAUAUUUCUUCAAUAUUGCUUGAGUUCAACCCAAAUUUGCGUUUGUGUCUACACUAUUUCUAACGUUCCGUUUUUGUCCGGUGUAUUUAUGAGCGAAAUGGUGUUAUUAAUUGGAACGAUAAUGCAAAUAUUUCUUCUUUGCAUAUCAGCUCACCAAGUUACACUCAAAUUCGACGAUCUCAAUUACUCUGUCUACUGUAUCGAAUGGUUUUACCUGAAUACUUAUCUUCAAAAAUCAAUUUCGAUAAUUAUUUCAAAAACAAUGAAGCCGGUCGUCUUUAAAUCGGGCUAUUUUGUAACUCUAUCGCUCGAAUCACUUAAACAUGUGAUGAAAUUAUCAUACUCCAUUUAUAAUCUUCUUCAGUGAUUUACUCCACUGUGGAAAUUGAGCAGAAUCUAUCGCUAGUUAAAUUAAUAGUCAUUUUUAUGUAGCUGUUGUUUAUUAUUAAAUAAAUAUUAUAUUUUAGAAUAGA